GUGAAACUGUUUGAUGAUAAAUACUUUUGGUUCAGAUAUGCAUUCCCUUGGUGGAGGGAGAAAGAGAUAGUGUCCGAAGAAAGGAGAGCACAAGGUCUGUGUCCUCUUACUCCAGAGGAGGCGGCAUUAGUUCUGCAAGCAUUUGGUUUUGACAACGGAACACAGAUAUACAUUGCAUCUGGUGAGAUAUAUGGUGGUGAACGGAGACUUACCGUGCUACGAGCUGCCUUUCCACGGAUUGUGAAAAAGGAAAUGCUGCUGGAUCCCGAGGAUUUGCGGCAGUUCCAGAAUCAUUCAUCUCAAAUGGCUGCCCUGGAUUUCAUGGUAUCAACUGCAAGUAAUAUCUUCGUCCCUACUUAUGAUGGGAACAUGGCAAAACUUGUGGAGGGUCACCGCAGGUAUCUUGGGUUUAAAAAAACCAUCCAAUUAGAUCGGAAAAGGCUUGUGGAAUUGCUAGAUUUGAAUCAGAACGGGACACUUUUAUGGGAUGAGUUUGCAGCCGCUGUCCAGUUGGCACAUGAGCGGAGGAUGGGACAGCCAGGUCGUCGGAGAGUUACUGCUGACAAGCCCAAAGAAGAAGAUUAUUUCUAUGCGAAUCCUCAAGAGUGCCUUUGUGAGAGAACAAGUUGUGAUGAUUUAUUGGGCCCUGGUAAUUCUACUGAACUCCAGUGA